AAUCAAAGCAACAUGAACACAGUUUACUUCCUUAUCUUUGUUUGUUGUGUCGGGGCAGAAAACGUUGGGCAACCAACCAGUUUACAAUUUUCUAAACUUGGAGAUAAUGUCACAAUUGAGUGCUACUUACCAGAAAAAGAUGUUUAUAUCAAGGUGUGGUAUAAGCAGGAGUUGAAUAAGACACCCCAACUUAUAUCAAGAUGUUACAAUUACAAGAGACAAGCUACAUUUUUUGAUGGAUAUAAUGAUGGUCGUUUUAAUGUUACAACAGACAAAGGAAUUUUUCAUUUACACAUUUCAAUGACAAAGAAUGAGGAUAUAGCAACAUACUUUUGUGGAGUGGUAACAUUAACUGAGCUGAAAUUUGGACCUGGAACAUUUUUGAUGCUUCAAGGAGAGCACACCAAUACAACAGUUCUUCAGGAGCUCAUUUCAGACGAAGUUCAUCUUGGAGACAAAGUCACCUUCAUGUGCAGAGUAAAAAUAGUACACGAGAAAUGUUCAGGAGGAUACAACGCAUUUUGGAUCAGAAAGGGCUCAGAAGAAUCUCAUCCCAGUAUCAUUUACACUGAUAUAGUGAAGCAGUGUGAAGAGAGCUCUGACAAUGGUUCUACUACAAAGAGUUGUAUUUACAACCUGAUAAAAACGAACCUAAGCAUAACUGAUGCUGGCACGUACUACUGUGCUGUAUCUGCAUGUAACAAGAUAAUGUUUGGAAAUGGGACUACACUGGAAUUCAACACACAAACAGAUAGCAGCUUCACAGCAGCAUUGUUGAAUCCAGUGUUUCUUACACUGGUCUCAUCAAACAUCAUUUCUCUGAUAAUAAUGAUCUCACUUGUGGCUGUGAAAUGCAAACACCAAAACGUCUCAUCAGUUUGUGUCAACAGAUCUGAUCAAAAUACAUCUAGAGAACAAGACAUUUCCAAACACAAUGUGGUGUAUAUGAAGAUCAAAUCCUAAUAAAAGAACUACGGCAUACUUGAAGUGUUUAAGUGUUGUCUGUCUUUG